AAAACGGAGUUAAGCAUCCAUUACUUAACGCAGGCCGUAAAUUGUAAGUCUCAUUCUUAAAAUGUGAAUGGCAAUGGAGACGUGUGGGUGUUUUGAAUCGUCUUAAUCUUGUUAUAUUCUAAAAGAGGCUUUCUUGUAUCUGAAUAUGCAAAACAUGCAGAAUGCUGCUGUUGAAAAUAACCUGAAUUAUGCUGAAGGAAGAAUUAACAAUUUUCAUUCAAAUACUACUGUAGAAUUAGAUGAAGGCAGUAAUAUCCAGUUACAUUCUGAUGGAAUUAAAAUUUUGAAUAAUGAAUUACAUUCUGCUGCAGAUGUUCAAGAUCAAGAUGUUAACAUUUAUGAAACUAAAAAUGUUGAAUUUUCUGAGGAUAAAACAAAAGUUUUGGAUGAUAAAAUGAAAUAUGUGCUAAAUUCACAGUCCUCAACAAAUAUUAAACCAGAUUUACAAGAUUAUUCAAAUGAAAUGAAGGUUCUUAAUUCAUCAGAAUAUGUUAUGCGAGCCUCUACAAUGCGUGCCAAAAUAGAAGAGAAGAUCACAGAAAUUGAAAGAAAAAUGGCAAUUUCAGAUGUUGACAUAAGUUCUGACUCUGAAUCAUACUCAAGCCCAUCAGACUAUAAUAUGAUUAAAGUGUUGGAUACAAGACAGGCUCGUAGCUGUUCAGUGUCUGAAAUGCGACAGUCCACCAUUGAACGCCUGCAGUCUAAAUUAGAGAAAGCUGAAAAGGAUUUGGAACUAAGAGAAGAAGAAAUUUUUAGAUUGAGAAAAAUAAGAGAUGAAGUUGGAUCUGAAAUAGAAGAUCUUACUGCAAGUUUAUUUGAGGAAGCAAAUAACAUGGUCCGAAGAGCUCAAAUGAGUCAACGGAAAGCUGAGAGGAUGGCAAAGGAAACUAAUAUGAAAUUAGGAAUGCUACAAGAAGAGGUUAGUGCUUUGAAAGCCAUUGUUCAAUCAACAAAAAUGUGUACACCAGUAGAAGAGAAUGAAAUAUCUGAAAAAAAAGUUCGCCUUCCCCCACGACCGUCUUAUGAGGUUGAUCCAAUUUUUAAUAGUGAAUUUGUUAAAUGGAGGCAAGAUCCAUCAUUUGAUAAAAAUUCACCUUUUUUGAAACGGAUAUAUGCAGAAGACAUACAGUCAUGCCUGAAUUUCAAAAAUAAAGAGCUGUCUGAAAUGGUAUUAGCUGCUAUAGAAGAUGAUAAAAUAACAAUUGAAAAGAUUCCUACUAAUACACAAGAUCCUUUGCCAAAAGUUUGUGCACUGAUGGAUGCACCCCGAUUAUGCCCAUACAAAAUGUGUAUAGAAGGAAAAAGCUGCUACAGUAUAUCAACUCUAAGCCGAAACAGAAUUGCUGCUGUGUGCAAUUUAUUUUGCUACUUCAGGUAUAUACAGAGAGGACUGAUUACUCUUAGUAUUCAUGAAGUUUAUCUGGAAAUUUUAAAAAAGCGGAGGUGUAUAACAUCAGCAAAACUGGGCCUGAUAGAUGAUGUCAUAGAAUGAAAGACUAUGAAGAAAAGCCACGGCCUGUUGAUUUCAGCCAUUUUAGGAGAAAUUGUUUGCAUAAAUUUAUGAUGUGUAUAACCCUUUUAGGAAAAAUAUGUUAUAGAUAUUUUGUAAAUUGAAGAAAAAAGGGCCUAGUUGUAUAAUGCAACAGAAAUAAACAGAUAGGCCUGUCAUCUAAAUAUUUUGAUAGAAAAUUUUAUGAAUGCAAGAAAAUCUGUGUGAUUUACAAGUAUUUAAGAAAAUGUGUUUGUACGUGUAUACAUACACACACACAUAUAUGUGUGUGUGUGUAAUAUGUAUAUAUUGUAUAAAAAUUUUUAUAAGUUACUAUCUCGCUCGUUAUAUGGCAUUAAAUCGCAAAUGCUUCCUACCUGCAUCAAGGAGAAAAUCUUUCUCAAGAGCCCAUGCUUUUGUUGUUUUUUAUUUUUGGAAAUUAAGUGAUUUUUGGUGUGUUUUAAUGGCAUGCAAAAUAUGUAUUAAUAUUUUAAGACUUUGAAAUGCAGGAAAUUGCAAAGGUGGGGUGAGGGGUAAGAUAACACAGUAUGUGUCAAAUGAAUACAAUAGUGAUCUUUUUAUAUAUAUUUAUAAUAUGACAAUUAUCUGUUAUAAAAUUAUUGACAUUAUAAUAAAUUUUUAAUAUGAAUUGAUGAUGAUAAUAAUUUCAAAUAUAUAAACUUCAAUUUUUAUUCAGCUUUUUUCUCUCAUUAGUAGCUGUUUUAAAGUUUAUUUUAAAUCAUGGCACUAGAAUAUAUAUUGCGAAUCAUGGAAUAUAUAUUACUCUUUGCUGAAGCAUAUUUUGCUUAAGUAUAUCUACAAUACGUUUUUAAGUGUAAAAUAGUUAGCAGUUAACAUUAAACAUGCUGUUCAACUGUGAACAUUUCAGCAAGCAUUUUUGAGGCAUUUUCCCAGUAAUUUUUUGUCUUAUCCAUAAUAUUAAAUUUGAAACUCGAAUUGUUAUCUUUGAUUUGAAAUCUUUCUCACACAUAAGUGUGUGAUGUGUUGAAGAGCAAUUCCUUUUUUAGAUGCAAAUGAAGUAAGUAAAAAUGGAAAGAAAGUUACUCCUUUACAUCUAAACUGGUUUCUGAAAUGUUUGCAUAUUUAAAAAUGGGGCAAAAAUUUGUAUGAAUGAGUAAGGCUGAAUUUUUUUUUUUUAAAAUCAAAAUGCUGAAUUUCAGCAUAAAGAACAAGCUGCUAAAAGUGUACAAAAGUUUUUAGAGUUUACUCUUUUUAAUGUGUCAAGUAUCAAUUCUUGUGUAAAAAAAAUAUAAUUUUAAAAGUGUUUAUGUGGUCAUAUGAUGUGUAAAAAUGCAUGUUUUAUAUAGUUCUUGACAAUGAAAUUAAAUGUAUAUAUAUAAUUGGCAAAAAAGUAUUACAUUUUAAUGAAGCUUUGAAGUAACAUCUUAAAUGAACCAAUGUAUCUACAUCAUAACUGCUGUAUGUUUAUGUGCCAUAUGCUUGUUGAUUUAUUGUGGGAGUUAAAAGUCAUUGAUGCUCGUACAGAAAGAUCUUAGAAAUUAUUUAGAGAACGAAAACUGUAGUUUUACGAAAAUUAAUGUUAUAUCUUUAUCAGUAUUACGUAUUUGUAAAAAACUGCAAUCUUAAUAAAAAAUUUGGGUAUGACUUUUUUUAUAAAAGAAAGGCCACAGAAUUUUUGAAUCUCAGCUGAUUUGCACUUGCUGUAUUGGUUUGUCUGUUUGGAGGCAAAGAAUAAUUUCAACUUUAAUCAUCCAUUUUAUUUUAUUUAUUAAAAUUACCAUUUUAUAAACGAGUUUUUAAUUUGAAUUUAUUUAAAUUUUACAUUUAAAAUACAAAUUUUAUGAUCAUAGUAAUGUAAUUAUACAUAUUUUAUCCUAAUACUAAAUGCUAAAAAACAAAAAUUUAAACAAAUGAUUUUUUGAUUACAAGAAAAUACUUAGUGCAAAGAGAAAAAGUUUUACUGCUGUUCUAGUCAUAUGUGCAAGUUUCUUAGGUUUUUAUUCAUGAUUGAAAUUUUUACAUAUAUUAAAAAAAAAUUCAGUCUGUUAUUAACAGUUGUUUAGAUAAUACUGUAUGUUUAUUGAGUAUGCAAUAGAAAAAAAUGUUCCUCAGUCUGUCUUAAAUGUCUGUUUAGAGUAUAAGUUUUAUUUUAUUGCAUAAUAUUUUUACAUGCUUAAGUUAUUUUUGAUUGUAAGAUGGUUUGCAAACAUAGAUGUACUUAUCUUGUGCCAAAAUAUUUUAUAUGGAGCAUUGUACUAUGUAAAAUUCUGCUCAUUCUUUAUACUUUUCCUUAUUGUAAUUAUUUUAAUGGUUGUCAAUUGUAUUUAACAUAUGCUAAAAGCAGCUUAUAAAUUAAAAAAUCUGUGUUUUAUACAGCUUUUGUGUGUGUAGUCACUGGUGCAUACAUGUAUACCAACACAUAUACUGUGUUUCUUGAAAGAUAUCCGAAGUAACAAAAUUAUGUCUCAGAAAGUAUAGAAAUUGUGCCUAAGUUUGAGUGAUAAUUUUUGAAGUUUUCUAUGUCACUAUAAUAAGUCAUCUCAAUGGUUUUCAUUCUUUCUUUCAUUCUUCAUUUAUAUAUACAAUUUCAUUUUCUUGUGGGUAAAUUUGACACAUCCGUGUGGAAUAUAUGUAGUGGGAUUACAUAUAGCUUUAGGGACAUAUAGUAUACAUAAAUCAGCUUUAGGGACUCGUAUAAAAGCAAAAUUUUUCAGAAGGAUGUCAGUAUUUAAGGAAAGGAAAAGAUUGACAGUGUUUAAGAGCACACAAGGCUUACCUCUAGUAAUUGUAAAAUUUCUCAUGCCAGCAGUGUGUAGCAAACAUUAUAAGCUGAAUUACAAACAAUCUAAAUGGGUUUGUGUAUGAAGUUACUGUAAGAGUAUUGGGAGUUAUGAAUAGUGAUCAUUAAAAAAAUAAUAAAAAAAAAGGACAAGAGUCAUGGGAGUAUUAUUUCAUAUUGUUUUGUUUUCGCUUGCAAAAAAUUGAUCUGUAUUCUUACAUACAAGGAUUCUUACAUGAAGUGUUGAGAAACUAAGCAACCACUAAUAUAGCGUUCCCUCAAAGUCAUCUAGUGAUUUAAAAAAAUCAUAUAAAUUCUUCAUUUUUAAAUUUUCAUAAAUAGUAAUGGCAUAUAAUGCAAAUUCAUUUGAAUGCAUUCGUGUUAUGAAUGGUAUUAUUAAAGGUUAAAUUCUGAAAGUUAUGCAGUGCAAAUGCUCUCAAUUUUCAGUUUUCCGUAUACAUGGCUUCAAUAACAUUCUUUUUAACCGUGAAUCAUAAUUUUAGUAACAGCCCUCAAAUUUUCACAUAGAUUCCAUGUUUUUGAAUUGCUAUAUUGUUUGUGGUUUACUGAACUGAAGUAGCUAAUGAAUCAAGAAAAUGCAUGGCACUUUGAUUGAUUUGAUCUGGCUAUGGGAUUAAUUUCAAAAUUAGAUGUCUAUGGUUUUAAUUCUAUCUUUAGUUAUAUAUUUUUCAUAGUUUAUUUUUAUAUGUUAACGCAAGUUUUUGUUGGAUAGGAAGAUAGUGAUAAACAUCAUCAAUCUAACAUGAGAUUUUUAAAUUCUUAGGUGACAUUUGGGAUAAAUUAGUUAUUGUGUAAAUGGUUUCUCUUUUCUGAUCUUGUUAAUACAUAAACUUCCUGUCUUAUUUUCUUCAAAUAUCACUCAUGUCUGAGGUCUGUUGUCAUAAUUUUUUAUUUUAUUAGCUGUUCUUUCUAUUUUUAGUAAUUUCUGGUUAAAUUAAUUUUUUUUUUACCUGUCCAUAAUAUUGAAAGUUUUCAGCUUUUGUAUUUUAUAGUAAUGUUGUCAAAAAUGACUGUCAUUUCAGAACUGAUAUUUUUUUAAUAUAAAAAAUUGACAGUACAUUGCUGAAACAAGUACAUUUAAGUACAUUGCUGAAAUUAAUCAUCAUUUACUAUCUCAAACAAUAAAUAUUUUCUCUAUUAAAAAAAAAAAAAA